UAAGAAAUUGGAAAUGGAAAUUAACUUUCAAAAAAAUUAUAUUUUACUCAUUUCUUCUAAUUAUCCCAUUUCAGUACGAUUAUUAACUCAUCCUAUGCAGUAUCGUAAUUUUUCUGGCGAGUUUUUAAUUCUCUGCUCCACCUCACAAAUGUGAGGAAUAAGCGAACACAGAAAAUUCAAAAUUCUGUAAUCUUCAAAAAUGAUAAGAGCUUAGUUGAUUUACUCAAAGUGAAAUCAUUAAUUUAAAACUAAAAUCAUCGAGUUCUGGGUCUCAGAAAGUUCUAUCGAAACUCAGCGUCAAAUUCUUUGACAAAAAUUUUCUCCAAUAAUACCAUCCAACUGUGUUUUACUACGGAUGCGAAAUUACGAAUUUUCUUGCGCAAAAUGUUGAAAAUUUUCGAGACUUGUUUAAAGCAAUCUACUCGACACAAUAGUAGCCUGAGAAAUUGUUUCAUCACGUUGAAAAGAACAAAUAACGCAAACGUACAUCGUAAUUUUAGUACAAUUUCUAAAAUACCAAACCACUGUGUUUACGAAGACGUCCGAAGUAAAUUCAAUUCUAAUGGUAAAACUACCGGCAGCGCACGUAACAAAAUGUUAUUCGCUGUAUCAGUAGCAGGACUACUAAAAUUUCUGGGACUUGCUGAGGAAGAGGAAGAGUCUGAAUUGAUGCAAAUUCUAAAAAGAGGAGAACUUUCGUACAGGCGCCAAGAAUUUGACAAAUCCGAACGGAUAUUUCACGUAGCGUUACGUUUAGCUCAAGAAUUACAAAAUGAAAACGCCAUUACUUUCAUAUACGAUCGAUUGGCGAAUGUUGCAUUUGAAUCGAACCAGUUUGAGAAAGCUAGAAAAUUAUUCGUCGAUGUACUAAACCGUUUAUUUCAAAAAGGAAUGAAAGAAGACGAUCUCACCGUAAUUCACAUUAGCUUCAAACUAGCCAAAAUUUUCGAACAUUCGAAAGAUUAUUUCGGAGCUCAUAGCGGUUACGACUUCUGCUUUCAAAAAUUAGAACCGAAACUGAACGAUCAAAAUGAAGAGUACGAAGACGCCUUAGCAUUAUAUAAAGUCUUAUUAAACGGAUACGCGUACUUCAAUUACAACGUAGGACAGCUGAACAAAGCUUUAGAGUUGUUUAAAAAAGCUUACGACGUUAACCGGCAAAUAUACGGAGAGAAACACGAAGAUAAUGUGUUGAUGCUCAAUAAUUUGGGCACAAUAUACAAACACAAGGGUGAUAUGAAUACCGCUAUUAGUUAUUUUCACGAAGCAGAAAAAUUAGGCAAAUUGUUACCAGAAAUGGAGAAUUUUUCGUUCAUUUAUUUAAAUUUAGGUUACUGUUAUAUGGAAACGCAUGUUUUGAACGAAGCGCUGAAAUAUUGUCAACUCGCCCAGCGCAAUGCUGUUCAUCACGAUUACCAAGAAGGUAUUAAAGAGUCAGAAGAUUGUAUCGCCAAGGUGAAACAUUUAACAACGAAAAUUCAAUGAAAUAAGUUUUUUUUUUUCAUCUCGAAAGCCACACAAAAAUAUAAAACUUAUGAUAAAUAAAUUAGUACCCAAAUUGUACGUCUAACUGAAAACAAACUAUUACCUAUGUACGUAAUUAAAAACAAUAAAAAUUAUUACAAAAUUUAA